AUGGCACGUGGACCGACUGUCAAACGGAGGCGUCUGAGCCCUCCGGAUGAGGGCGCUGCAUCACGAACCAAGGAUUCCUUUGACCGCGACAAUGAAUGGGAUGUCGAGCAGGAGUAUGAGCGCCGGCCGCGCAAGGCCAACAAGAAGGACAACGAGCGCACACGAUUGCCUAUCAAGACAUCAGAAGGAUUCAUUCAAAAUCUGGAAAAUGAAGACCCGGUUGAGGAAUCCGACAGCUUUCUGGGCACCGACGAUGACGAGAUGGAGGACGCCUCGGGCGACGACGAUGCCGAUGAAGACGAAGAAUCAGAAGAAGAAAAGCCCAAGAUUCCAGUGAAGGUGCAGGUUCUGCAGGCCAAGGAGGAACUCGCGCGCAUUGCGACUUUGAUCAAUGAGGACCCGGAAGACCACAUGUCGCUGUUCAAGACCAUGGCCGAGAUGGUAGAGAACCCGCACUCGCCCGUCACGGUCAAAAAGCUGGCCCUGGCGUCGCAGGCGGCAAUCUACAAGGAUGUCAUUCCGGGCUAUCGGAUCCGCCCUCUCAGUGAGGAGGACAUGUCGGCCAAGAUUUCCAAGGACGUGCGCAAGCUUCGGAAUUUCGAGCAGUCCCUUUUGUCCGGCUAUCGAAACUAUGUGCAGAAGCUGGGAACACUGGCAAAACCAGCGAAGAGAGAAAGUGCAGAGACGGAUGCCGGGCUCAGGAGCAUUGCUAUCAGUUGCGCUUGCACCAUGCUCCUGGCUGUGCCGCACUUCAACUUCCGCGGCGAACUGCUGAAGAUCAUGGUGAAUCGCCUGGCACGGAGACAGAUGGAUCCUGAUUUCGUCAAAUGCCGCGAGACGCUGGAAGAUAUCUUCGCCAAGGAUUCCGAUGGGGUUGUCUCCCUUGAGGCGGUCCGUCUGCUGGCCAAGAUGAUGAAGGCCCGGGAUUUCCACAUCCAGGAGAGUGUUCUAGAUACGUUCCUACAUCUACGUCUUUUGGGUGAAUUUUCUAUGAAAGCCUCACGAGACCGAGUGGAUCGCGAGCCAGAAGAGGACAACUUUCGCGGCAAGAAGCAAAAACAAAAGCGCGAGUUCCGCACCAAGCGGGAGCGCAAGGUGGAAAAGGAGCGCAAGGUCGUGGAGAAGGACAUGAAACACGCGGAUGCGCUGGUCUCGCACGAGGAGAGAGAGAAAAACCAGGCCGAAACCCUGAAGCUUGUCUUUGCUACCUACUUCCGAAUCUUGAAACUGCGCAGCCCAACUCUCAUGGGCCCAGUGUUGGAGGGUUUGGCGAAAUACGCCCACUUGAUUAACCAGGAUUUCUUCGGCGACCUCCUCGAGGCUUUGAAAGAUCUGAUCGCGCAUGCGGAACGUGUAGAGCUGGACCAGAAUGAAGAGGGUGAGGACAAUGACAGCGCCGAACCUGCUUCCACUGAAAAGGCCGCGCGCGAUGCCCGGCGUCAGACCCUCCUCUGCACCAUCACAGCCUUUGCGCUGCUCCAAGGCCAAGACGCCAGCAAAGCAGCAUCCACUCUCCACCUCGACCUCGGCUUCUUCAUCAAGCACCUGUACCGAUCCCUCUACUCCCUCUCCAUGAAUCCGGAUGUCGAGUUCAACCCCAACACCGCACUGCGCCUCCCAGACCCCAACUCCGGCGCAGAUGGCAACACCUCAUCCCAGUCUCGCAAUAAAGUGAACUUCCAGACCCCGAUGGUCCUGCUCCUCCGCUGCCUCCAGUCCGCCCUGCUGUCCCGCGCACACGGCAUCCCGCCGCCCAUUCGCCUCGCUAGCUUCGCCAAACGGCUCAUGACGACCUCGCUCCAGCUGCCCGAGAAGUCCGCCCUGGCGACCCUGUCUCUGAUGAGCCAGGUCUCCAAGCACCACGGCCGCCGCAUCUCGCCGCUGUGGCAUUCGGAGGAGCGCAAGGGCGACGGUGUGUUCAAUCCCUUUGCGACAGAGGUCGACUCAACCAAUGUUUUCGCGGGGUCGGUGUGGGAAGGAGAACUGCUGCGCCAGCAUUACUGUCCGCAGGUGCGCGAUGCCGCGCUCGAUGUUGAAAAGAUGAUCGCUACGUCUAAGUAA